AACCUAGCGAAGUUAGUCACUCGCGACAUGCGAACGUAGACGAUCGUUUGCAUUUGUAAAAUGGCGGAAAAGAAACCGAAACAGGGGGAACUCAGUGAGGUCAAGGUGGAGGUGAUAAGGGUGAAAGAGAGGAGGGUCACGCACCCAGGGGACUACGAGAGGGAGGACAAAGUGGAAAAAGUGCAUAGGAAGGUGACCAGCCGGUCCAACGACUUUGUGUAUGUUAAUUCCGCAUACGUUGGAAGUUUAAACAGUGUUAACGAAGGACCUUAUGAAAGACCCACCAGUGUGAUUCGGGAGCAGUAUUGGGCUUGCUCAAAAUGGUCCUUCGCGAAGAAAGUUCUCGCGAUUGCUCUGGGCCUAUUCCUAGGGGCAGUCAUAGGCCUGGGAGUCACCAUGACGAUAAAGGGAGUCAGGGCAGACGAGGUCAUUGAAGACAUGUUCAGGAACUCCGCUCCGGAUUAAGAGGAACAGGGAUACUAUCCCCAAGCCUGGAUACAUGGAUAUGCUAUAAGGAUAAAUAGACAUACUUAGUGAUAAUUGAACUGUUUGUAUAUUUAUAGUAUUAAGAUUGUAAUUAAUAUAGUUGAUAAGUUGCUAAGGAAACAAAAUAACUUAAAGAUGAGCUUAUCUGUCGCUCUACUCCUUUGUCAUGUGACGUCAUCGUUUGUCGUGACACUCGGUUUUGAUCUCGUCCUGUUUAGUGACGAAACUUACGUUUAUGAUAUCUGGAAAUUAACGUUAUGGUAUUUGGCCAUUAGUCCAAAAAUGAUCGAAGUAUCGAAUGUUUUCAUAUCGGCAGUUGUUUUUACAUAAUUGAGAUAAGUUGAAAAUUUUGUUUGUUGUUAUCAAAAUCCGCUACAUACUAGGUUUUAUCGAACGAUACCAAAGAUUAACUUUCAAAUUCGUGAGAGACGAGAGAUAUAACGGUUUAUCUGUUUUAAAUAAUCGGUUAUCGUCACGGUAGAGUGCUAUGUGUGUAGUGGGUUUUAAAUUCGUUUCUGGGAUAUUAUAUCUUAGCUAUAAUUUUUAUAGGUGAAGGUAUAUUACCAAGAAAAACCAGGCUCCUAUAGCGUACAAUUAGACUAAAUAAGUA